AUGUAUCCCACGAGUGCUGAAACCGAUGGGAGCACUGCCGAGAGACCAAGGUUACCUCCUGGGGGCUUCAGCUUGGAGCACGGCUUUCCAGAGUGGUUUGGUGGCUCCAGCCGCCACGGUAGUCGUGAGCGAAGGGGCCCAUCGCCGUCGGCAGCGUCCAUAAAGUCAGCAAGGUCUUCGAGCGACAAGCCACCGUUGGUCCCCCCCAAGGACGACGUGCCGCGGUAUAUGCAGACAGAUCAGAAGACGGUAUCGACAUAUUCCCUGUUAAAGUACAUCCGGAGCGCUUUUGAUAAGGCUGAGGUUCUUGAUACAGUACCUCUUGCUGCGGCUGGAAACCCCGGGGCCUGGCAUGCGUGGCGCACACAUAGGCGCAAACAAAGAAAGGCGCUUGCCGAGAAUAUCAAGAGCAACAGGCUGAGCAGGCUGAGCAUCUUGAGUGAUCUACAGCCAAAGGACAAUGCUAGCGAGCAGGGCGAUGCCAUAGCGUUUGACGUAAGAAGCAUAGCCUCUCAGUCCACCAUGGCCAGGGAGCCCGGGGAGUGGAAUUGGGAUGGUGUCUGGGAGGACAGAGUCAAGAAGGGCGUGGCAUCCACCUUGACCGAGUCAGUGUUGUACGGCGCAUCAGGAAUCUCCGACGAUAUGUGUUUCUCGCUAACCGUGAACUUGAUCCAGAUUCAUUUCUUGGCGCUGGAGGAGGGAACCAUUGAAGCUGUCAAGGGUAAUCUUCGUCGAACAUUGGAUGCCUCGAAUGAACCUAUACUCAGCACCUUCCUCUCCAACAUGUCAAUUGCCCGUCCUGCCAACGACAGCCCUUGGGUCAUCUGGGAGCACCCAGCUUCAGCUAUUGCCUUUCUCGCCGUUGUUGUUUCCAUCGUUAUUCUCGUGGCGGCUUUUGUUUCCACCGCAUGCCUGCCACCCACCUGGGGCAUUAUCGUGGUCUGCGGAUGGGACUUUGAAGAUUCCAAAACGGCGGCCAAAGACUAUCAUCGAAAAGAAGUACAGCAACGAGACGGCAACAGAUUUACGUCGAUCUUCACAGAGAUCAAGCUUUGGCAACAGUACGGUGAUUAA